CUUAUCUUUUCCUACCACCUCCACAACUGAGCUAACUUAGGUAAAUUUAUAUUCUUGUUCCACCCACAUACAUAUAUAUAAGUAGUCGAGAAUUUAAACAUAAUCAUCAUCACCUCUAAUAUUACUUCAUCAUCGAUAGCACAAUUAAUAGUAAUAUUAUAUAUAAGUAAUAAAUUUUCCGGUGUGACGGAAGUUGAGAUGCAAAGAGAAGAAGGGGUGGUGAUGAGAGGGCGAGUCGAGAUCGACACUCGACAGCCGUUUCGGUCCGUGAGAGAGGCCGUGAUGUUGUUCGGGGAGAAAGUGCUCGCCGGAGAAGUCUACGGCAACAAACUCAAAGAGAUGCAAGACAAAGCAAAAAACCAGCCAUCAAAGCUGGGAGCAGUGACAGCAGAGCUAGAAGAGACCAAAGAAAGCCUAAUAAAAGCAAAAGAAGAAGGAAAUCUCAUGGCUCACUGCUUAGACUCACUUAGGCAAGAACUGGAACAGACCAAAAAAGAGCUGCGGCAGCUCAAAACAAGAGAAACCCUAGCACACAUUCUUGAUGAACCAGAGGUUGAAGAGAUCAAAUUCGUCGAAAACACGAAGAAUAUCGUGGAGAUGAUCAGCACCCCAGAGAAGCAUGAAGAAGGGAAGAUUGAGUUUCAGAAAAAGAGAUCAGUCAAGUUUGCUAGUCCACUGCUAACAAAGAUGAUGGAUGGCAUUAAUGGUGAGGGCGAAGAAUCGAAGAAGGCGAAGAAGACGAAGAAGAAGCCUUUGGUUCCAUUGAUUGGAGGGUUGUUCUUGAAAAAGAUCAAGAAAGGAGCUAAACAGAAAGGGCGACCUAGAGUCGGUGGUUAGGGUGGUAGCGCAGGCGACGACGAGUCACUACUGACAUUUGAUGGAGGGGGCGAAGGAGGGAGGCAGACGGCGGCAACUGCGGCUUCGAUUGAUGUAGCUACCGAUUGGAAAGCUUGGCAAAUGGAGGAGUGAUACUAUGGUUAUAAGUAAACGAUAUUAUUGUUAUAUGUAAAUGAUAUUAUUACUACAUGGGAAUGACACUAUUUAUCUUAAUAAAUGAUAUUGUACUUCAUUCAUGUAAAUGAUACUAUGCUUACGGAGUA